CCGCGGCGCCUGGGACGGCUGGGACCCUGGGCAGUCAGUCGGACGGGCGGGCGCCGGUUGGAACUCGGGCCGUGCCGGCUGAGAGAUCCUUAGCGCUCGGUUCCCCCCGGGCCGGAGCAGGGGCAGGUGGGGGCGCAGGCCCGGGGGAUGCUGGGCUCCGUGAAGAUGGAGGCCCAUGACCUGGCGGAGUGGAGCUACUACCCGGAGGCCGGCGAGGUUUACUCUCCAGUAACCCCAGUGCCUACCAUGGCCCCCCUCAACUCCUACAUGACCCUGAACCCUCUGAGCUCUCCCUACUCCCCCGGGGGGCUCCCUGCCUCCCCACUGCCCUCAGGACCCCUGGCGCCCCCAGCCCCCACUGCGCCCUUGGGCCCCACCUUCCCAAGCCUGGGUGCCAGCAGUGGUGGAGGCAGCAGCUCAGGGUACGGGGGCCCGGGUUCGGGACUGGUGCAUGGGAAAGAGAUGCCAAAAGGGUACCGGCGGUCCCUGGCACACGCCAAGCCACCAUAUUCCUACAUCUCGCUCAUCACCAUGGCGAUCCAGCAGGCUCCGGGCAAGAUGCUGACCUUGAGCGAGAUCUACCAGUGGAUCAUGGACCUCUUCCCCUACUAUCGGGAGAACCAGCAGCGCUGGCAGAACUCCAUCCGCCACUCGCUGUCUUUCAAUGACUGCUUCGUCAAGGUGGCACGCUCCCCAGACAAGCCGGGCAAGGGCUCGUACUGGGCCCUGCACCCAAGCUCAGGUAACAUGUUUGAGAACGGCUGCUACCUGCGCCGCCAGAAGCGCUUCAAGCUGGAAGAGAAGGUGAAGAAAGGGGGCGGUGGGACCUCCACCACCAGGACCAGUGCAGGGUCGGCCGCCUCAACCACCACCCCCGCUGCCACGGUCACCUCUCCUCCCCAGCCCCAGCCUCCACCCCCGGAGCCUGAGGCCCAGGGUGGGGAAGAAGUGGGGGCGCUAGACUGUGGCUCACCCCCUUCCUCCACACCUUAUUUCACUGGCCUGGAGCUCCCAGGGGAGCUGAAGCUGGAUGCUCCCUACAACUUCAACCAUCCUUUCUCCAUCAACAACCUGAUGUCGGAACAGACACCAGCGCCUCCCAAACUGGACGUGGGGUUUGGGGGCUAUGGGGCAGAGGGUGGGGAGCCUGGGGUCUACUAUCAGAGCCUCUAUUCCCGCUCUCUGCUUAACGCAUCCUAGCAGGGGCAUGGGAGCAUGGUGGGUGGGGUAUGCCUGUAGUUUACACCAUCAGGCUCUUGGGGCCUGAUCCUCCUGGUGACACUUUGCUUGUCCCCACCAGUUAACAUCUUGGUUGGUCUAUUACUUAACUGUGGUGACUGCCGCUUGUGUGGGCAUCGUGUCGAUCCAUUGGGUACUGUGAUAAUGCCGUCGACAUAUUGGUGGGUCCAUUGGGUACUGUGAAGACUGCCAUGUUGAUUGAUAUUAUUGGUUGAUCCAUUGGGUACUCUGAUGGCCACCACCACGGGUGACAUCUUGGUUGGCCUGUUGGGUACCACGAUGGACAUCCUCUUGGCUGAUCCUUUGGGUGUGAUGGUGAUACCAUUUCAAUUGCAUCUUCUUUGGCCCAUUAGAUGCUGUGAUCACUUCUUUUUGGUGGACUUCUUGGUAAAGUAGGUGCCAAGUUGGCCACCAUCCCUUACAACAUGUUUUUUUGUCCAUUGGGUGCUGUGAUGGCCACCAUCUUGGCUGGCCAACACAGCCAAUGUACCAUUGUGCACCAUGACGGCCACCAUAGCCCCUGUGUUGGCCAUGUCGUCACUGUCUCUUUGGUGUGAGUUGAGUGACGGAUGGAGAUGAGAAUAUUCCUUGGUUUUCUCUGGAGCCCAUUUCCCCCUCUGGUCCAGGAGAAACCAGAAAGGACUGUUAGGGUGUGGGAAAAUUCUACUGAAGUCUGGUUCUUGCCUGGGAAGUGGUAUACUGGCUGUGUUUGAACAUUAAAGACACCAUUUCUGC